AUGACUAAAAUUACCCUGUUCAACAUGGGAAGAGAAACCGGUGGAAGACUUGCUAGCACUGAAGGUCCAUUAGCUCCAGAUGGCGGCGGAGGGGGAGGAGGUGGUGGAGCUCCAGCUCCCACUGAAGGUAGAGCCAUCGGCGGUGGAGGAGGCGGAGGUGGCGGAGCUGAUGUCGAGACAGAAGCCAUUCCAGGAACUGGUGGAGGAGGUGGCGGCGGAGGUGGAACUGCAUGUGGCCGAGUAUCAGGUGUUCCAUAG